AUGAACACAAUGGACUUGACGCCCGGACCCGCCGCCAUCACGGUGGGGUCACGGAACUGGUCCUUCUUCAGCUGUGACGCACUGGACGAAGUGAUGGGAAUUCAGGUAAGGAUUUUAAAAAUAAUUAAAAAAUGUAACAGUAUAGAUUUUUUCGUUGUUUUACUAUUUUUGGUACUUCUUUUAUUAUCCUUGAUUUUUUACUCUAUUCACCUCUUUCUUCCUCACUUUUGUUUAUUUAAUCUCUAACAAGGGAAGUCACUUAAGUCACGGAUCGAUUUUUAAAAACGACUGUUACAGCGAUGGGGAGGGUACGACGGAGAUAUCAAAUCUGAAAACCGCUACCUCCACCGGCCUCUGGGAGCCGAGAUAAUCGGCCAAAAAGGUUUGACCAAAAAAAGCUGCCCCGAAUCGUCCUCUCUUCCGAAAGAAGGAGGGAAGAGAACCGAAUGGUCCGGUGGUCUGGAAGCGCGCUUCCAGGCCAUGACCUUUUCAGGUUCGAAUCCGCAUGGGUCAAAUAAAUAAUUUAUUAAACUUUUCCUGUGAUCCAUUAAAUUUAUUUUUAGAUUUUUUGCAUAUUUUACGAUAAAAUUUCAGAGUAAUAAUUUAAAUACGCGUUCCAAACGAUUUGAAUUUUCAAGGUUGAAAAUUCACCGUGAAAUAGGCAAAAAAUCUAAAAAUAAAUUUCUAGCAAAUUUACUGGAUCACAGCAACUGUUUUACAAAUUUUUCACAAGUUCGAAACCCGCGCGGAUUCGAACCUGAAAAGGUGAAGGCCCGGAAGCGCGCUUCCAGACCACCGAACCAUUCGGUUCGCUAGGUUCUCUUCUUUCGGAAGGAAGAAAUGUUCGGAAGAAUUUGGUCAAACCUUUUUGGUCGAUUAUCUCGGCUCCCAGAGGCCGGUGGAGGUAGCGGUUUUUAGAUUUGAUAUCACCGUCCUACCCUCCCCAUCGCUGUAACAGUCGUUUUACAAAAUCGAUCCGUGAUUUAAGCGACUUCCCUUGUAAGCUUUAAUUUUCUCUCCGAAAUGACAAUUAUAUUUCUCAAAAUUACUCUAGGCAUUAGUCCGAACGUAUAAACCUCAAGAUGAUAAAAUGACCUCAUCCCUCCCGUUUCUUAAAUCGUUCGAAACUCGAUAUCGGGAUUAAUUCCGGGAUUUUGAUUGAAAUUUUAUCCUCUAGCCAACCCGGCAUUUAAUCACAUUUAAAUGCGGAACUUUAUAGACAGAGAAAAAGAGAUUGGUUUCGAACUAACCAAAGCAUUUGUAAGGUAAAGUAAAGUAGGCCGAAAACUUGUUAAGCUAGAAACGCAGGCAUGAUUAGUUAUUUGCAUGCAAUUUCUGACGUUCGGAAGUCGUCAAAAAAGCAAAUAUUUCGAUGGAAUUUUAACAAAAUAAAUACUAUGAUAAACUGCCGAAAUAGAACAGGGACCCUAAACCUCAACCGUCUUGGCUAAAAAAUCACAGUUGUUAUAAAAAAAUUUUUACUGCCGUCUGAAUUAUCCAUAGCCACUGUGAAAUCAAAGCCCACACAAUUCUCACAAACACUCUAAUCAAAUUUUUUAAGAACGGCUUCUACUGGCGUAACAAAGGUGCGGGCACAAUCAUCAUGUUGUAUGCGAUUGUUUGUUCCUUCGGCGCUCUGGCCAAUCUACUGGUUAUUGUGUCGUUCCUGAAGACUCCGCAUCUACACAACCUCAGGAAUUAUUUCAUCGUAAAUCUGGCGGUGUCGGAUUUGAUCAUGUGCGUUCUAACAGCUCCUUUUACCUUGUACCUGACGUUAAACCUCUUCUGGCCAUUUGGAAAUCUUGCCUGUCAGUCGGUAGGUGAAAUACGACCGAAAAAAAAUCUGCGUUUAUAAGACGAAAUAAGCCCUUCCGAUUUUAGGUAGCCUCAGCACAAGCCGUAAAUCUCUUCGUUUCUUGUCUAACGCUGGUGCUGAUUGCGAUGGACCGAUUUCUGUUGACUUUAUGCCCCGUAAAGUGGCGGUUGGCGGCUAAGGCGCCGCUAGCAUUCUACGUGGUGGUCUGGUUGGCCUCGCUGAUCAUUGCGUUGCCGUACUUUUUCGCAGUACAAGCCGAAACGGUCGAUUAUUUUGAUCCCUGGAAUCAGCCGAGCAUCGAUGAAAUGGUAGGUUUGUUUGAGCCAAAGCUUCCCUAAGUAGGUGUUGUUGGAAAUAAAUGUCGCGCGGAGCGCCCGUAGUCUUUAGGCACUCAUUUGGGUCAUCAAUUCAUUAGAGAAAUCAAAAAAUCAUCGUAUUUCGGCAAAGAUAACGUAGAUUAAUGUCCGAGAGCGUAUAUGAGACAAUUUUUGGCUUACUUCUCUGCUUUUAGACUUUAGUCUUUUUCUUUCUCAUUUAGAUGAUGUCUUAAGCCUCUGAAACACAAACCCAAAAAGCGGAAAUCAAAUGUUUUCGAAUUCUCAAGUCAAAAAACCAAAUUAACAGUAAGUUGCAAUUUCGGACUCAAUUACCCAGAAAAAAAUAGUGUGCAUUUUGAGAAAAGCCGGAGCCUUUUUAAUUAUUCAUACAGCUUUUUUACGGUUUAAAAGCCAAAAUUCAAUGAGCUGAAGCGACUAAACCGGCCGGAUUAUACCCACACAGUUCGCUGAAGAGCGGCUACUCGGAAUGAAAACGGUCUGGUAAUGAGAGCAAAACUCAAUUCCGCAAAAAUAGAACCAAGAGUCUCGAGAAUGAUACGAAUCUUACACAAGCGAAAUUUUAUAAACAAGAAAUUAUGUAUAAUUUUGUUUGCAGAUGAAAUUGUGUGAAAAAAGUCGACCAAAAAUGUGUUUGGAGAGGACUUGGCAUCGAUUACCAGUGUCCAGAAGAACUUAUACAUUGACUGUAUUAGCGAUUCAAUAUGUCCUGCCGUUGGUUUCCUUGGGAUUCGCUUAUUCGCAAAUUGGAUUUACGAUCAGAAAAAGAGUCAAAUAUAAUACGACCGUAGACCAACAUCGCAAGCAGAUUUUGGCUCAACGGAACAGGUACGAAACUUACUUAAAUGAUCACUAAUAGAAGUGGGUAAUGAUAAAGAUUAUUUUUUAGAAAAGCUUUAUUACUCUUGCUGACUCUUGUUUUGGUAUAUGGAAUUUGUUGGUUGCCAAUGAAUGCCUACAAUGUUUUGAAUGUCUUCGAAGUUAUCGAAUUUUCACAAUACAGGUGAGCAUGUGAGACAAGCUUGUUUAUACUGCUUCAUAUGAAUUUUAUCAUCAUAUGAUAAUAAAAUCAAUUACUCUAUUAUUCUUUACCUCUAGGUAUAUCUACUGCCAUUUAAUUGGAAUGACGUCCGCCUCGAUAAACCCGGUCAUGUACGGCCUGAUCAACGACUCUUUUCGCAACGCUUUCUUCAACAUGCUCCGUCCAUUCUUUGGCCCUUGUACGAAAUACAUUGCUGUCUCGCCGAACCAGCCAACUCAUACUACAUAUUCUUUCACCAUGAUGAAUGCUGUAAGUUUGGCUCAAAUUAUUGAUCUACGUGGCAUUUAAAAGCUCGUUUUCUACUCUACGUUUCCAGAUCAACUCACCUCGUCGCGAAAGCCCUAAGUUUAUUGAAGCGAAUGGCCAUCCUCAUCGCACGGUGCCUUUAAUCCAAGUACAACAUGACGAAGCGGCUCUUCUCUCCCCUCCACCACAAUUAUAA